AUGGGCUUCCAUUAUCUCAGACAUAGCGAAACGCGAAUCCAAUCUCGAGACGGCUUCUUGCGCUUCAUCGAGCGAUACCCGGAUCUUAGCCGCAGCGUUCCGAACAACAUCUAUGCGGUCCCCACCCAUGACUCACUUCUCGACUAUGGCACAUAUCGAACCAUCAUGGCUUCGAGCGGCGUCCACUUUACAGAGUCCUUGCCGAGUAGUGUUGAGCUCAUCAAUGUCUCCGGGGUUAUGUGCACCUCUGAGCGUGUGCUUCUUCUUACUAAGGCUCGCGUCUACUUUGAGGCGGAGUUGAAAGACGUCCUUGAACUGGGACAUCGCAUACGUCGAGUUGAUGAUACAAAAGACGCUGUAUAUAUCGACGACGAGUGCUUCGACUUCGCUGUCGAUGCCACCUGGGGCCACUACAGCAAACCCGAUAUCCCUGUUGUCUAUGAGCCUACAUUAUUACUCUACUACGAAGGUCCGCCGGAUUUUCCAGCGCUAACAUUGGUUGACGGGCCGCUAUGCUCAGUCUAUCCCACCGAAGCUCCUGGACUUUUCACUUUAUCCAGUGUUCCGCAUACGCCUCUAGGCCAAUUCGCGACGGCGGAAGAAGCGCACGCUGUUCGCGAUGGUAUAUGCAGUGAGGUCAUCACGGAGAAACGAUUUCUCAUGGAAGAGCAAAUUCAGAAAUACCUCCCGUCAUUCUCCCAGCUUUUCCGAUACGUCGGCCCACAACUUGCCAUCAAGACCAAGGCUGUCGGGGCGCAUGACGAUCGGACAUGUACAGUUUCACGACAUGGCCGCAUGUUUUCAGUAAUGUCGGGUAAGAUCGAUACAGUCUUCUUCGCAGCCGAGCGGAUUCUAUCGUUGAUAGAAGUAGCUGAAGCCUCAUCUGUUAAGGACACGUUGUCUUCUUUGAGAGAAGACAUUGUGACGGUUAACACAACAACCCAUUUGAAUGACACAGGGAGGAGGUUCAGAGGCGACGAGGUAUUUGGGCACAGCCAGCUGUGA